UUAUUUCCUUUUAAAAUGUUUCUGGUACGUGGGUGGGAGUCAUUUCUCAUUUAGAGACAUCAACACCCGGUUCUUUCCCAAAGUUUGUCGUUGUUUUCUCUUUCUCUUUCUUUUUUUUAUAAAUCCGGUUUUCCUCUCAACAUGUCCACGACGGAAUUCAAACUAGAGACUUUAGCCGAUGCCCUCGAGAAAUGCCAAUUAGAAGACAACACUUUAUCCAUGGAUGCUUAUCUAGAAUCUUACAAUGAAGUUACCAAAUUCUUAUAUCUUCUUGGCAAAGCGUUUGUCUUUGUUGGUUCGGAGGUGAAUAGCAAGGUUUCCAUUUUGUACAAAUAUAGGAAUUCUUCAGACGGGGAAAACUACGUCACCAUCAACCGAAUGAUGCAGUAUGAGAUUGAGAACGAAAUCACCACAAAAAAUAGCUUGUCUGGAUGCAGGACGCUCCUCCGACUACACAGGGCCUUCGAGUUUGUGAUGGAGUUCAUUAAGCAAAUGCGACACGCAGCCGAAGACGUGAAGCUUUCCGUGCUCACGCAGAAAGCGUACGACGACACACUGGCCAAGUUCCACCCUUGGCUUGUCAAGCAAGGUGUGUAUAUCGCUAUGUACACCCUGCCGAAGAAAGCGCAGCUUGUCGCCAAGCUGAAGACUGAAGAAGAUGACAACAAACAGAUCGACCGGGUUAUAGAACAUUCGAGAAUCGUGUACGACACGUUGCAGCAGCUUUUUGUUGAGAAUGAAUUAGAUGACUUGCCGUAAUGUUGGGUGUAAUUUAUAAAUUCACUGUGGAACAUAAAUACAUGCAGACAUAUUUAUUCGAAUAUUCUAUGCACAUACUCACAUGUAUGAACACUAUGAGUGUAUAAUGUACAUACAUAUG